UGUGGUGAUGUAAAUGGAAGCUUUAAUACAUUAUUUUCGCGCGUUGAAUCAAUAGUGAAAAAAUCAGGAUCUUUUGAAUUGUUGCUGUGUGUAGGAAACUUCUUUGGUCCAGAUAACUCUCAAUUAGAUGCUUAUCGUAUGGGAACAAGGAAAGUUCCAGUAACAACUUAUGUAUUCGGUCCUUCAAAUAUAGAAGAUGUGCCACACUAUUGUGAGGAGGGUUCUGAGAUAGUUCCCAAUGUUAUUUAUAUGGGCCGAAGAGGUAUUUUUACAACGAGUUCAGAUGUCAAAAUAGCCUACCUAACUGGCUUAUCUAGACGUGAGCUUGGCAAAGAUAUACAAAACUGUACAUUUGAACCAAGUGAUUGUAGUGCAGUAAGAGAUGCUUGUUUACGGGGACAGAGUGAGUACCGUGGUAUUGAUAUGUUGAUUACCACUCUUUGGCCAGCUGGGGUACAGCAAGACGACUUACAGAAGGCAGAAGUAGAACCAGAAAGAUUAUCAGAUUUAAUAUCAUGGCUUUCUAUGCAUAUAAAGCCUAGGUAUCAUUUUGCUCCUUCAACGCAGAAAUUUUAUGAAAGACAACCAUACAGAAAUCAAAGCAUUCAUCAAGAUUACAAAGAAUGUGCAACAAGGUUUAUAGCUUUAGCACCAGUUGGGAACAAAUCUAAAGAGAAAUGGAUAUAUGCGUGUUCACUACAACCUAUAACCAAGAUGAGGAUGACGGACCUACUUCAAAGUACUACGGAUGAGACUCCUUGCCCCUACGAUCCUGAUCUUUUGCAACAACACCAACCGGGAAAAGUUGUUCGGGUAUCUGGAAACGGUCAGUUCUUUUUCAACAUGGAUGCAGGAGAAGACGACCAUGGAAAGAGAAAAAGAAAAAGUGGAGAUAAUCCAGAAAGAAAAAGAAAAGAAUUUGAUCCAGAUACUUGUUGGUUCUGCCUGGCGUCCCCUACAGUUGAGAAGCAUUUGGUCAUCAGUGUGGGAACUCACUGUUACUUGGCACUUCCCAAGGGCCCCCUUACUCCCUUUCACGUGCUUAUCUUACCGAUCGCUCACCAUCAGUCUAUUACCAAGGCACCAGAUGAAGUAGUGAAUGAAAUAGAAAAGUUCAAGGGUGCACUUAAAAGGUUCUACGCGUCGAUAGAUAAGCUCGUUGUGUUCUUUGAAAGAAACUACCGCACUUCUCAUAUGCAGAUACAGUGCGUGCCGGUACCAAGAGCUUGUGGUGACCAGAUACUUGAAGUAUUCCAGGACGAGGCGGGCCUGCAGCGGGUGCCGAUGGAGGUGCUGCCCCCGUUCGCGCGGCUGGCGCAGGUGACGCUGCCGGGCGCGCCGUACUUCCACGCCGAGCUGCCCUCCGGCGACCAGCUGUACGCGCGCACCAAGCAGCACUUCCCGCUGCAGUUCGGCAGAGACGUAUUAUCAAGUCCACCGAUAUUGAAUUGCGAGGACAAAGCUGAUUGGAGACAGUGUCUACUCAGUCGUGAAGAAGAAGACUCUUUAGUUUCUGUCUUCAGACAAAAGUUUAAACCUUUUGACUUUUCUGCGGACACAAGUGACAGUGAUAGUGACAGUGAUUGAGCAAUCCAUACUCAAAUAAAAUUUGUGUCAUUUACAUUUUACUUAUCAUUGGCUCCACCUGUGCUAUUUUAUAAUGGAAGCCAUUAAUUUAAUUAAAUGAACAAUUUCAGCAAAGUAUUCGAUAUUAUAAGUAUAAUGACGUGAAAUAAAACAAAAUAUUUCAA